GGCAAAUGUGGCUUCGCCUUCCCCGAGAGGGGAGGGUGUGUAGUGAGGGGCCGGGAAGGCAAAGGGAAAAGCCAGGGGAACAGGCGUGGAGGCGUGUUUCCUCCCGCCCUUCCUUCUCCUGGACCGUAAUAGGGAGAGGUGGAGAGAGCUCCUGUCUUGAGCUGAGGGGAUCUGGCUUUGUUUGCGUGGAUCGUGGCUGGAAGGAACAGCGGCGGAGGAGACUAUGAUGGCGGAAGUUAUGGGGACGUUGGGUGGGCAAGAAAGACCUUGCGGGGCGCCCCCAGUGGGACAACCCCUUUCCGGGUGGAAGUGGCUUUUCUGGCCGGAAGUUGGGGUAGUAAGGGCGGAACUGUGACAAGGAACCCAGAGGAAGCGCGAGGAAGAAAUGUGGCUACUACUUCCGUCCUUCGACGACCAGUACUCGCGAGAGCAGAAGUCGAAAGCCCCACCCUUGUUAGGGCGGAAAUUGCUUCACCACGGCACAGUUUUUACAGGUCCAUAAUCUUAACAACUCUGUGAGGUGGUUACAGACCAGGCAACUGCGGCUUAGAGAGUCAAGUCACUUGACUAAGGUCAGGAACAGUGACCCAGAGGCAGGUGGACAGAGAAUUCAGGGACUGGCAAGAAGUGAGCUUGAGACCUAGGUUGAAGUUGAUUCCAGACUGACCUCUGGCAUCCAGCACCCAGACACAGGACCAUGGGACCCCAGCAUUUGAGCCUUGUGCAGCUGAUCUGCCUCUUAGUGGCCAUCUCCACUCUGCCUCGAGCUGGGGCUCUUCUGUGCUAUGAAGCAACAUCUUCACUCUUCAGAGCUGUUAGUUUCCAUAACUGGAGAUGGCUUCUGUUGAGAAGUAUGGUGUGUAAGCUGGCCGAGGGCUGUGAGGAGACGCUGGUGCUCAUCGAGACAGGGACCAGAAGGGGAGUCGUGGGCUUUAAAGGCUGCAGCCCAGCCUCAUCUCACCCCCAGCAAGUCUCCUACCUCGUUUCACCACCUGGAUUGUCCAUUGCCUCCUAUAGCCGCGUCUGCAGGACAUAUCUCUGCAAUAACCUCACCAGCUUGAAUCCUUUUAUAAAGCUCAAGGCCAACACUCUUAAGGCUGCAGCAGUUUCUUCCCAUAGUUGCCCAACCUGUGUGGGCGUGCACUCUCAGGAUUGCCUCCCAAGUUUUGUCACCGUGGAUUCUUGCCCCUCCAAUGCCCCUAAGUGUUACAGUUCCACCUUAAACUUUAAGGCAGGGUUUCUCAAUACCACCUUCCUCCUCAUGGGCUGUGCUCGUGAACAGGCCAAACUUUUAGCACAUUUUUACCAGAUUGGGAGCAUCAGUGUGACUGAGGUCCUCAACAUUGUGGAGAAGGCCCAGAUUGCUGGUGCGGAGCCCUCCAGUCGGGGUCCUGCUUGGGGCAUCCUCUUAGGCCUCCUGCUUGCCUUCAGGAACUGAUGAUCUAGCUGGACCAGGCAAACACCCAGACCCCUUCGUGUAACCAAAUAAAGUCAGAGUUGCCUUUAUGUUUGGCUUGG